AUGGCAGACCAACCACCACCGCUCACAGGUAUCCGCGUGCUUGAGUUCGCCGGCUUGGCACCAGGCCCCUUCGCAGGCAUGCUCCUCGCCGACUACGGCGCUACCGUCCUCCGCCUCGACCGUCCCUCCCCCACACCUCAUCCCACCUCCGACCAACUCACGCGCCGCAAGACCUCCAUCGCCGUAAACCUCAAGUCGCCCUCCGCAAUCGCCCUCGUCAAGAAACUCCUUACAAACGUCGACGUCGUGAUUGACCCCUUCCGGCCUGGUGUCCUAGAGAAACUCGGACUGUCUCCCCAAGAUGUCAUGCUCAAAAUCAACCCACGGCUUAUCGUGGGCAGGAUGACAGGCUUCCGGAGAGAUGGGAAGUACAGCAUGAUGGCUGGGCACGACAUCAACUAUAUUGCUGUGAGCGGGGUGUUGAGCUUGUUCGGGAGGAAGGGGGAGAAGCCGUAUCCGCCUGGGAAUGUAGUUGGCGAUUUUGCGGGGGGAGGCGCGAUGUGCUUUCUAGGGAUUUUAUUGGCACUACUGGCGAGGGAGAGGAGUGGCAAUGGUCAGGUGGUCGAGGCGAACAUGGUGGAUGGGAGCGCUGUGCUGGCGACGAUGCCGCGGUUGGGACUCAAGACGGAGGUAUGGAGGAGGGAACGAGGAACUAAUAUGCUGGAUGGCGGGGCACCAUAUUACGACACGUACGAGACCAAAGAUGGGAAGUACAUGGCUGUUGGUGCGAUCGAACCGCAGUUUUACGCUGCGCUGCUCCAGGGUCUUGGUCUCCAGCCGUCCGACUUGCCAGGCGAUCGCGACAACAGGGCGGACUGGGCGAAGCUUAAAGAGUUCUUCACUGGGGUUUUCAAGAAGAAGACGCGCUCAGAGUGGGAAGCGAUCUUUGACGGCACCGACGCGUGCUGCACGCCGGUCAUUACAAACGCAGAGCUGGAAGCGCAAGGCUUCGACCAGAGACCCGCAGUUACACUCAGAUCAACGCCUGGUUAUGCUAUACAAGAAGGAGCUUCAGGUCGAGCGGCAGCAGUGGGGCAAGGCGUAGGUAUCGAGGGCAGCGGUUGGGACGAGAAGGGUCUGGUGCCCGGAGCUGGCGGCGAAGAGACACUCAGGCGAUGGCUGGGCUGGGCGAAGGGUCGGCAAUACGACAUGGAAAGUGGAGGACUCGUCCUGAAGGACUCGGCAAAACUGUAG